GGUACAGGGACAGCAAACCAGGCUGCAUCUGCUCAGCCCCAGUCACAAGCUCCCUGCUUCCUCCGUGUGUGUGUGUGUGCGCACGCGCGUGUCUGUGUCUCUGUCUCUGUGUGUGUGUGUGUCUGUGUGUGUGUGUGUCUGUGUGUGUGUGUGUGUGUGUGUGUGUGUGUGUGUGCGCGCUAGACACAGGCAUCCGCUCCCAGCAUCUUGCUGUCUCCUGCAUCCUCCGGCAGCAAGUGCAGGGCUCUGGCUCCCUGGGUGCCAGCCUCGCCGCUCCAUCCCCCGGCGGGGAUUCGCGGGCAGGGCGCGGGAUGCGGUGAGCGCCCGUGGGUGGAGAGGGGGGGCCGUGGCCAGAGGCAGCGGCGAUGGACAUCGCGUGGACUGUUGUCUAGGGCUCGUGCUACCCCAGACGGACCCUGACCCUGAGCCAUGGGGGUGCUGAUGUCCAGGCGGCAGACGGUGGAGAAGGUGCAGAAGGUCAGCUUGGCCGUGUCAGCCUUUAAGGACGGGCUGCGGGAGCAACCAUCGACACGGCGGCGGGCAGAGGUGGGGGGCACACGUCGGGGAACGCUGGAGCAGGCGGUGCAGGAGGGAGAGGAGGAGGCAUCAGCAGGACCUUCCCAGCCGGGGGAGAGCAGUGCCAGCAAGGCGGCCUGGGAACGGCUGCGGGACGGCCGGGGCAUGGAGCCAGAGGAGUUUGACCGAGCCAACAGGUUCACGCCGCCUGCCUUCAUCCGGCCCAAGCGAGAGCUGCACGAUGACGAGCCCCCAGACAUCAGCUUGGAGCAGCGGGAGCAGGUCCUCAACGAUGAGAUGUGCGAGAUCUGCGAGGUGUGGACAGCCGAGAGCCUCUUCCCCUGCCGCGUCUGCAGCCGGGUGUACCACGACGGCUGCCUGCGCCGCAUGGGCUACCUGCAGAACGACAGCUCCGUGGAGGUGACAGAGACGGCGCACACCGAGACGGGCUGGAGCUGCUACUACUGCGACAACCUCAACCUCUUGCUGACAGAGGAAGAGAUGUACAGCCUGAUGGAGACCCUGCGGCACUGCAAGAUCAUCCCAGAGACCUGCCUGACCCUGGACGACUUCCUGCACUACAAGCACCUGGUGCACAAGCAGCAGUUCGAGCGGCCCAUGGCCGAGGCGCAGGAGGAGCGGGCAGCCCUGCAGUUCUCCGCCCUGGACCCCGACAAGAAGGGGCACAUCGAGUGGCAUGACUUCCUCUCCCACGAGUCCAUCCAGCUGCUGCAGAAACUACGGCCGCAGAACGCCCUGCUGCGGCUGCUGACAGCCAAGGAGCGGGAGCGGGCCCGCGUGGCCUUCCUGGCCCUGGACCAGGACAGCGACGGCUUCAUCAGGGAGGCCGAGUGCCGCCGGGCCCGGCACGCCUGGUUCCGCAAGCACCCAACCGAGACGCCAUCCUGCAACGUCAGCAUCAGCCAUGUGGGGCCCAUGUCGGAGAGCAGCCCCGCCAGCAGCGGCAGCGGGAGGAGCCGGGAGAAGACGCCGCCGGAGGAGGCCAGGCCCGUCGACUGGCCCGGUUUCCUGCGGGAGAACGUCGCCUACAUCCUGGCCGCCCGCCCCAACAGCGCUGCCCUACACCUGCAGCCCCCGGCCUAGAACCACCCCCCGCGGCCCGCUGCACCCCCCCCCCCCCCGCCCCCCCCCGCGCCGCCAUCUUGGGCGGCGAGGCCUCCGCCGCCGCGGGGACCCGCCCCGCCCCGCCUUGUGGGCGGAGCCGGCCGCCGAUUGGCUGGCGGGGAAGAGGCCGCGCUGCCCUCUCCCCCCCCCCCUCCCCCUUGCCUCCGCUUCGAUUGGCUGCGAAGAGGAUGGAUGCCGGGCUUUGAUUGGCUGGAUGGGGGAGGAGGGGGGGGGAAAGCGCAGCUCUAGGGUCUCUGAUUGGUGGAAAGGGGGGCGUGGGGCGGGGCAGCGAGUGGCCCCCGUUGACCCCGCACCCCACGGCACGCCCCCCCCCCCCCUCCGCAGCGGGACCCGUGGGGUGAGGGGUGACACCCACAGACCCCGCUGUGGGCCGGGUUCGGUCCCUGGGACGGGUCCCCGCAGGCCCUGCUGUGGCCCAGGGAUGCUGUGGGGUGCAGGGGUGUCCCCCCAAAGUCUCCACUCAGUACUCGGGGAUGCCGUGGGGUGACCCCUGUAGACCCUGCUCAGCACUCGGGGAUGCUGUGGAGCACGGGGGGUGACCCCCGCAGACCCCCCUCAACACCCUGGGAUGUUGUGGGGGAUGGGGGCAACCCCCACAGACCCCACUCAGCACCCGGGGAUGCCGUGGGGCAUGGAGGUGAACCCCAAAGUGUCCACUCAGUGCUCGGGGAUGCUGUGGGGUGACCCCCGUAGACCCCGCUCAGCACUUGGGGAUGUUGUGGAGCAUGGGGGUGACCCCCACAGACCCCGCUCAGCGCCCGGGGAUGCUGUGGGGCAUGGAGGUGAACCCCACAGUCUCCACUCAGUGCUCGAGGAUGCUGUGGGGCAACCCUCACAGACCCCGCUCAGCGCCCGGGGAUGCCGUGGGGCAUGGGAGUGACCCCCAAAGUCUCCACUCAGUGCUGAGGGAUGCUGUGGGGCGACACCCACAGACCCCGCUCAGCAUUCGGAGAUGCCGUGGGGCAUGGGGGGCAGGGAACCUGUUGCCCCCCCAUGAUCUCCAGCCCCACUGCACCCUGCCAGCGCCUGGAGCCACUGAGGACCUGCCCCCAGGGACCUGCAGACAGAGUGGGGUCUGUCCCCGAGGAGAAGUGGGACUUGCUCCAGCCCCAGAGCCGGGUCUGGGUAGUUACGGGGUGAGAGCGGGGCCCAGAGCGGCCGUGCACCCCCAGCUCAUCGUCAUGGUGAAUCCUCGGGGGGAACGACGUGGCUGACCCCCCGCUCGGCCUCUUUCACAUCCCUGCCCGGCUCCAACAGGGGCUGCAGCCCAGGAGGGUCCAUCCUUGUACCCACCACUCGUGGCCAGUGUCUGGCGGAGUGUUUCCUAGCACGGCUCGACCCUGGCCUGCUGGGGACCAACCAUUUUUUGCCUACGGCGAUGGUGUGGCAAGAAGCACCGGGAACAGAAAGCACCAGGGGGGUGGGAGGGCAAGGCUGGAUGCACAGGAGCACUCCCCUGCAUCCAUUGUCCCCUCCCAUCCCCUUGGUCCCAUGGGAUCCUCUCCCCCCUCUCAGCAUUCCAGUCCCACACCAGUCCUGUUCGUUCCCACUCCCCACCCCACCCCCCCCCCAGCAUGGCAAGCCGGUACCCCCACCUCGCUGGGGGCAUCAGUGCUCGGGGCGAGGAGGAGGAGGCAGAGCCCAGAGCCCCCCCCCGGGGUGUUAGCUGCAGCGGUGAGGCCCCGAGGUGGAUGGAUGCUCCCAGCCCGCAGGUGAAGGAGCAGGGACCCCUGGAAACCUCGCCCCACGCAUGCCAUGGGUCAGGAUGCCCAGGUCCCACGGCAACCCCAGCAGCUCCCCCAACCCGUACUCCCCUUGACCCCUUCCCCACGGUGCCCUCAGCCUCUCCCCGCCCAGCGUGCCCUGGCUCAGCCGGGGUGCCCCGGGGUGUGCACAAACCAGGGGUGCGCCUGCAGCACCCUGGUCACUCCCUCACCUCCACCCCCUCCCCCCGAUGCGAUGGGGGCACCGUCCCGCUCAGCCCCUCUUCCCCAGCCAGGGCACAGGUCCCCCUCUCCUGGGACUCCCCCCGCUGCAAACCCAGGAGGCACACCGGUGCCGUGACAUCUUCCUCUACCACCCUGGCAUGCCAGGCCAAUGGGGAUAUUUCGGACGCCAGGUUUGAGAUGGGGCCAGAGCCGUGGCCAUGGUGAGGAGGCGGCCGUGGGUGCGUGGAUCGCAACACCCGCUCUGUACUGAGAAGCGUCCAUUAAACAGCUGUGUCCAACUA